AUGAAAGAACACCCCUUUGCACCACACAUUUUCAUUAAACCGUUACUCAAACGGACAUUUCUUGUGAUCACAACAUUUCUAAUCACAGUAGUUAUUGGUGGUAUUGUUUUAGGAGUACCCACUAUGAGUGAAGGUGUGAGUACUACCGUCGACGCACUGAAGACAAAGUAUCGACUCAGUGUUUCCUUUCCAAUCUCUUUUGUGCUUAACUUCCUGACUAUAAUACUCUGUCUCCCACUUCUUCCAAUACAAAUGGUGACGGGGUAUAUCAUAGGAUUUGGAUUUGGGUCACUCUCAAAUAUCGUUGGGAGUGUACUUGGCAUCUUCUGUGCCUUUGUCAUCACUCUAGUCUGCUCUAAAAUCAGACUUUUGAUGCUCCGAGUACACCUCGACUUCUGUAAGUAUUCACAGACAGAAGGUUUCAUAUACGUUGUGUUGACUGUUGCAUCCCCUAAAAUUGAUAUUGGAAGUGCAGUGUAUUGCUUCACUAAGAUCAAUUACAUCUCUAACUUAUUAUCCGUUUUGGGGGUUUCGAUAUUACUAAGUGUGUUCUACGCAUACAUCGGGUCGUUGUUUGACCCAUUCAUUCAAGUCUUUGUGGGAGACGACAACACAACGUGGUAUGUCCUCUUACAAGUCUUUGUUGUUCUCUUUGUUGGAUUUGUCACAUUUUUAGGGCUCUUUGUGUUCUUACACUACGUCAACAAACAAAUCAGCACAAGAAUAGAAAACGUCUCUCUCGAUGUGGCAACUAACGAGACUGAAAAUUCUACCAUACAAGAGUCUGAAAUGGACUCCGUCCAGACUAAAAGCGAAUAA